UAUCUCUAUAACUCAUCCCUGAAUUUUUAGACUUUAUUUAUUAAUUCAAGUGGAUUAACCAUUUUUUUGUUACAGGCAUGAAUACUUUUAUAGACAAUCGGCACUAAUAAUAAGGUAAAUUCCGCAAGUCAAUUUGUGUGCAUUCUCCGUGCCGUCCGCCUGUUUCCAAUCUAUGUGCACCUACUGUACUAUGAAUCUAUUUAAAGAAUAUGUUUUAUUCAACGACCGAUAAAUACUAAUUGAUGGGAAUACCUAUCAAUCACUUGCAAACAAAAUCAAAACAAUUGUGAAAAAAGUCAAACUCACAAAUAAACGCUUAUCGAAAUACCAAGAAUCCUUAGUUGAUUACGCAGUGUGAUCUAUAUGUAGUUUUCAUGGAAUUAACUAAUAAAUAUUCAAUCAAACGAUACCAAAUAAAAGAAAACAGAAAUAAGAAAAUAAUCGCGAUUUGUAUUUAAAUACGUGUUACCUCAACAUCGCAUCCAUUAGUGUGUCCCAUACAUACUUUGUUGUUACUUUUAAAUAUUUAAUUUCGUUUUGAAAAAUAUUUUGGUGUAAAAUAACUUAAGCUAUCCAAAAUGCGUAGAUCGUUUAUAUUGUUAUUUAGCGUGUAUGUUUGCUGUGUUUUGUUUGUUAAUGGAGAAGCCAAAAAUUUACCACUUACCUCAACUAAAUUGGGUGUUAUCAAAGGAAAUUAUCUGGAGAGCCGAUUAAAAAGGACUAUUUACGCUUACAGAGGAAUACGGUACGCAGAAGCUCCCGUGGGAAACCUACGUUUCCAGCCCCCCGUUCCAGUCAAAUCCUGGGACACAAUAUACGAUGCAACAAAGGACGGUGCUGCCUGUCCACAACCAGGAUUUCAGCCGACGUCCGAAGAUUGUCUUUUUUUAAACGUUUACACAACAGUGUCUCCCGAAAAUAUUCAACAGGACAACGUUACCCGGCCCGUAAUUGUUUACAUCCAUGCUGGAGGAUUUUAUAGCGUUACUGGCAGGAGCGAUUGGGCAGGUCCUGAAUAUAUGCUGGAUCAGGAUGUAGUGUUUGUGACAUUAAACUACAGACUUGGAGCUCUAGGUUUUAUCAGCACAGGUGAUAAAUUCGCUCCGGGCAAUCUCGGUCUUAAGGACCAAGUUUUAGCGUUGAAAUGGGUUAAAGAUAACGUAAUUUAUUUCGGAGGAGAUCCAAACUGUGUAACUCUGUACGGGUACAGCAUGGGAAGUGCUAGCAUUUCAUUACAUCUAAUUUCACCAAUGUCCAGAGGAUUAUUCCACAGAGCAAUAUUAUCCAGUGGUUCUGAGUAUGGAAAUUGGCCUAUUCCAAGACAUCAAUUCAAUUUAGCACAGAAGCAAGCUAGACUUGUGGGUUGUCCUGAUGAUAGUUCCCAAAAUAUUAUUUCCUGUCUGAAAAAUAUAUCAGCCGAAAGCCUUGGAAAUUCCUUUUUUGGCUUUAAGGUUCUUUACAUAUUUAAUAAAACUAUAUCAAUGCUUCAAAUAUAGAAAAUACUACAAAUGGCGCAGUAAACGCCAUCUGUAGCACGAUGCUAUAUUUUAGGAUUACGUAUGCUGGAGUAGAGGUAGUAGGGUAGAGUAGGAUGUUCUAAUUAGUCCAGGAUAGGAAGGAGUGGAGGUGGGUGUCCAACCAGUCUUAGGACUGACGACUUUUUGAUGAUGAUCUCAUCUCAAUAUAACAAAUCUUUCACAUUUAUUAUUUUAAUAAAUAAGAAACAGAAAGAAACGAUUAUUUUUUCAGGCAACAGUGAAUGCAUUUCAAUUAAUUUUAAAUUUCAUUUCAGAAACCCUAAUUCAGGCAACUUAACCAUUUGGAAGACAUUCAACACUGAAACAAAUUAUUACUUAGAUAUUGGAAAUACAUUACAAUUGAAACAGAAUUUGUUUAAAACACGUUACGACGAAUGGAAAUCGUUAUUUUUAGGUGACACACCGUAAAUUGAAGUAUUUGGAAAUGUCAUGGGCCACGAAAUGCGCGAGGGGCGGACCUUGUUGCAUUCAUUGUUAACACUUCCAAAACAUUAACUCGACUGUUAACCAUGAAAACUGACUGUCAUCAGGCAGCCAAUGUUUUUAGUGAGAACUGAAAACAUUCGAGUUUUUUCCCUGCACAACCCAAGGUCAUGGCCCACCAGAUUCUAAACUAUCUCUAACACGCAAUACUUGUGGUUAUGUUUUCUUUGUAGUUUAUUAAAUUGACUAAAUCAAGAAACAAGAAAUUUAUUUG